AUGGUUAAGGGUAGGGAGGGUAGUGAAAGGAAGGAUAGAUGUAGAAGCAUUUCCAAGUUGGUGAAGGGUAUUGAAGGUUGUGAAGGAUUCGGAAGUGCUCCCAACAGUGACCAAGAUGUGGACCCAACAGUGCUCCCAACAGUGACCCAAAACGUAGUCCCAACAGUGACCCAAGAUGUGGACCCAACAGUAAUCCAAGAUGUGGACCCAACAGUGACCCUAGAUGUGGACCCAACAGUGACCCUAGAUGUGGACCCAACAGUGACCCCAAGAUGUGUACCCAACAGUGCUCCUAACAGUGACCCAAAAUGUGGGCCCAACAGCGACUCAAAAUGUGGACCCAACAGUAGUGACCCAACAUGUGGAUCCAACAGUGACCCAAGAUGUGGACCCAACAGUGACCCAAGAUGUGGACCCAACAGUGACCCUAGAUGUGGACCCAACAGUGAUCCCAAGAUGUGUACCCAACAGUGCUCCUAA